AUGACAUUUAGCAUUUCUCUACGCUACCGACAUUGGAGAUAUGUCUGGAUACCUAUCGCUGCAGCCGCGAUGUGGUUCAGCACCCUACUUGCGAUGCUCAUCGUAUGGCUCGCCUUUGGACGACCGAAAUACGUGUCCAUGGAGGGCUCAAUAGCAUUCAUUUCGGACAUUGGUGCGAGCAAUGUCAAGCCCCUCUUCGUCACUGGCUGCGCAAUCACCGGACUUGGUUUUUUCCUGUCCCUCGUUGUUGAACGGUAUCUCAGACACUCCGGAAGACUUAUGCCGAACAUGCGGACGCGCGAGCGCGUCUUCAGUAGUCUCGCCAUCCUGGGGUCAUUUAUCGGAGGCUUGGGUCUCCUUUUCCUCUCUAUAUUCGACACGAAACGCUACACGCAAGCCCACAGAAUAUGCUUGCUCGUCUUUCUGGUUGGUGUCGCUCUCAGUGCCAUAUUCUCUGUCAUCGAGUACCGGUGGAUCAGUAAAGACUUUGCAGAACAUCGCCAGGUCAAAACUGCGUACUGCGCAAAGGCAGCCAUCGCCUCGAUCCUCAUCGUUUUGGCUAUUGGAUUUGCGGUAGCGCUGUUCAGCGCUCCUAAUGCCGGUGCUAUCCUCGAGUGGACUAUCGCUUUUGGUUUCACAUUCUAUCUCCUGACGUUCUAUUAUGAUCUCCGGUUAUCAAAGAAUGUCGAGAAGGGGACGCUGACCGCCCAAAGACUCAGUCAGAGCAAUGGCUCUAGUCUUGCAAACCCGAACAUGACCCAGGUGGUCUAG